UGCACAAACAACAUGUUGUCAGGUUUGAACCUGGAGACGAUUGCGUUAGCAGGAAGCUGUGGCGUGUUUGACACAAUCAUCAGAGGUGUGAUGAUGAAACCCCCCGAUGGCGAGGCGCCUCAGUGCAGCAGCUCAGGAUGGAGGUAGCGGCUCUCUGCGCUGUUGUUGCUUGUCUGAGGCUCUUUCCCAGCAGAUCCCAGUUCUUCCAGUAUGAAUCUGUCACUCUGAGCUGUGMRGGAAACUCGACAGAGUGGAGAGUCAGGAGAAAUACAUCAAAACAAAUAAAUGAACUCUGUCCCUCAUAUUCAAAUCACACACAUCAAACUGAAUGCAUCUUAAGUGACCUGUAUGAUCACGACUCUGGAGUUUACUGGUGUGAAUCUGCAGCAGGCGAACGCAGCGAUUCUGUCAACAUCAGCAUAACAGRUGGAUCAUUGAUCCUGGACAGUCCUGCACACCCAGUUAGUGAAGGAGAAAACCUGACCCUUCACUGCAGAGUGAAGCCGGCGUCUUCCUCCAAUCUGACUGGUUUCUAUAGAAACGGGGUUCUGGUCGGGAGCAGCUCUACGGGACGCUUCACCAUCCGGAGCGUUUCCAAAUCUGAUGAGGGAUUUUAUAAAUGUAACGCCUCUGGAGUGGGAGAAUCAGCAGAAACCUGGCUGGGUGUAACAGGGCGCAGGCCUCAGACGCCUACGGCUCCGCUCGCUCUCAUACUACUUCCUGUUGUGGCCGGCCUUUUGUUGCUGAUUGCGCUGAUGUUGCUCUGCCACUGGAGAAACCACAAAGGUGUCAGAAGGAGGGAGGGGAAUAAACGGAGGAGUUUACGUGAAAACGAGGAGCUCUGUGACCUGCAGCCAGGAUUAUUCAGACUGAUUUAGCUUUAAAGGAAACUUAAAGUUAACGUUUCGUAGCGGUUCAACCAGAAUCCUGGUCAAAAUUCUUGGUUAAAUUACAUUUUAUAAACCUAAAUCUGGCAGAGAUGUGACUCAUUCCGGGUUUAUCUGUUAACACUGCAGUGGGUU